AUGCCGCGGGUAUUGUGCGUGGCCGAGAAGCCUUCCAUUGCAAAGGCUGUUGCCAAUCAUCUCGGCGGGCAAGCCAGAGCCGAAAGCGUCCGCGGCAUCCAAUGGGUCAAGAACUACAAGUUUGAUUUCCAUUUCAACACCUGGGGCCAGUGCUCGGUCACCUUUACGUGCGUUGCUGGGCACAUUGUCGCCCAGGACUUCAACGACCGAUACAAAAAAUGGCACUCGUGCGCACCGGCGUCGUUGUUCGAAGCUCCUAUUGUGUCUGGCAUCGCAGAGGACAAAAAAGCAGUGGCGGGCAACAUUGAGUCGCAGGCGCGGCAAGCAUCCAUUCUGUUCAUCUGGACCGAUUGUGAUCGCGAGGGCGAGCACAUCGGGACUGAAAUUCGCGAUAUUGCAUUAAAGGCAAACCCGAACAUGCAAGUGUGGCGAGCACGCUUCAGCAACAUUGAAAGAGCACAUGUCAUCCACGCCUCGCAGAAUCCUAUCCGCCUAGACGAGGCUCAGGCCCAAGCUGUCUCGGCCCGCAUCGAGCUGGAUCUCCGUCUUGGAGCCGCCUUUACGCGCAUGCAGACGCUAGCGCUGCAGAACAUGAUUCCCCAGCAGGGCGAUGAGCGAGGCAAGCUAAUCAGCUACGGCUCUUGCCAGUUUCCGACUCUGGGAUUCGUCGUGGAUCGCUACCUGCGAGUGCGCAACUUUUUCCCAGAGCCGUUCUGGUAUAUUACCGUAGCGCACACAAAAGACGAGGUGGAUGUCAAGUUCAACUGGCGACGGGGCCACCUGUUUGACCGCAUGGCCGUCACUCUCAUCCUUGAACGCUGUCUACUGUCCAAAAAGGCAAAGGUCACCAAGAUGGGCAAGAAGCCGACGUCGAAAUGGAAGCCGCUCCCCUUGACGACUGUUGAGCUGCAGAAGAUGGGAAGCCGAUUCCUCCGCAUGACGUCGCAGGACGUUAUGAAGGUGGCCGAAGACUUGUACACCAAAGGAUGGAUCAGUUAUCCGCGUACCGAGACGGAUCAAUUUGAUCGUGGCAUGGAUCUGCGGGCUCUGGUCGGUCGGCAGACGCAGGACGGGCGCUGGGGCGCAUUUGCACAACACCUGAUGAACGGCGGAUUCCAGCAGCCCCGGCAGGGCCGCAACAACGACAAAGCCCAUCCUCCGAUUCACCCCGUCAAUUACGUGGCACCCACGCAGCUCAACGAGCGAGAGCGAACAGUAUACGAGUUUGUGGUGCGCCGGUUCCUCGCGUGCUGUUCGGAGAAUGCAAUUGGAGAGGCUACCGACAUUGAAAUCGAGUAUGGGGGCGAGGUGUUCCACGCACAUGGGCUUCGCGUAAUUGCACGGAACUAUCUAGAAGUGUACCCAUAUGACAAAUGGGAAAGCAGUCAGGUGCUGCCGCAGUAUGCCGUGGGGGAGACGUUUGAGCCGACAGAAGCAAGCAUGGUGGACGGGCAAACGACGGCGCCGGGCUACCUGACAGAGCCGGAGCUGAUUGCGCUCAUGGAUGCCAAUGGAAUUGGCACGGACGCGACCAUGGCCGAGCACAUUGCCAAGAUCAAAGAGCGCGAUUAUGUCAUUGCACGACCCAAGGCGGGUGGUGGUGGUGCAGCAGCAGCAGCAGCAGCAGCGAGCAGAGGCCGAGGCAGAGGCCGAGGGUCAAGAGGAGGACGUGGCGGACGCGGCGGAGCAGUCAGUGGACAGGGCAGCGAGGGCACCACAGGCGGAGUUCAAGAAUUCAUUCCGACGACAUUGGGGGUGGCGCUUAUUAAGGGAUAUGACAAUGUGGGGUUUGAGACGAGCCUGAGCAAGCCGUUUCUGCGCAAAGAGAUGGAGGCGCAGAUGAAGGCCAUUUGCGAGGGCCGCAGUACGCGCGACGACGUGGUGCAGCAGAACCUGGAGCAGUAUCGCGCGGUGUUUAACCGGACAGUGCAGCAGAUCAAUGUGCUGAAAUCGGCCAUCACCAAGUAUGUCGUCAACGCGAAUCAUGGCUGA